AUACGACUUACGUAAAAACGUCAUUGUCCACAAUGCUCUACGACUUUUACAGUCACUAGCGUUUGGAAACAUACUUGCGGUUGCAUGGUUGUAAGCUUCGAUUGUUUGAGUUGUCAUAUACUUUGGUUCAGGUUUGUUAAGUGAAUAAUGUAAAUAUUAGUACCUGCAACAAAUUGUCAUGGUACUAGCUAGCAUAGUUGCAGCCUAAUUGCAUUUAUCCUUUAUUGAGAUCGGCUUGCUGGCGUAUUUCAACUUUUUGUGACAGGCUAACGAGUCUAGCUAGCUAACGUUAACUUAGCCAGCUCGCUUGUCAGGCUUGUCUUUUUUGUUUUGGCUGACGAGAAAUUCUAGCGAGUAAGCAUAAAGUUAGUUAAGUUAGCUGCAUAUUAGCCAUUGUACUGGAGACAAGCUGCUAUACUACUGUGGUGGAGAAAGUGUUACUAUUCAGCGUAGCGGAUAAACACCUCCAGUGUGAAGCACAGUUUAUCUGUUGCAGUGAUGUAGCGUCUAGCGGUCUUGUCACACUUUUCCCUCGAGUUUCGUGUUUGGACAUAGGUGUCAAUGGGGAAGAAGAAAGACAUGAUUCAUCCAAGGUUUCUUUCAGGAGAUGUGGACUUGUCUGGUGGGCAUAAUGCGCACAAGAAGAAGCACAAGAAGCACAAAAAACACAAGAAGAAGCAUCACCGGGACGACGGGGGCCACGGGUUCUCCUCCGAGGCGCUGGAGUCGGACUCUGGGAUCAUCAUCAAGCCCCAGUUGAAGCUGAAGAUCAAACUGGGCGGGCAGACCCUCGGCACAAAAAGCGUCCCGACGUUCACGGUAGUGCCGGAGGUUCCGCGAUCCCCCUCGCCGUUGAUGAUCGUGGAUGACGACGAUGACGACGACGACGAGCCCACAGAGGGAGUCCCCAUCGAGCAGUACAGGGCCUGGCUCGAUGAGGACAGCAACCUGGACCCCUCCCCCCUCCCUGACAUGGACGCAGAGACCUUCCUCGGGGGUCCCAUGGACGAGGAGGAGAAGUGGCUGGACGCCCUGGAGAAGGGGGAGCUGGACGACAACGGGGAGCUGAAGAAAGAGAUCGAUGAGUCGCUGCUCACAGUCAGACAGAAAGCCCUCCUGCACAAGCAGCAGAUCCAGCCCCUGCUGGAGCUGCCCAUGGGCUAUAAGGAGAAGGAGAUGACGGAGGAGAUGAUGCAGAAGAGGGAGGAGAGGGCGCGGAAACGCCGGCUGCAGGCCGCCAAAAAGGCGGAGGAGAGCAAGAAGCAGACCAUCGAGCGGCUGACCAAGACCAGCAAGGCCAAGGUGAAGAGCAUGCGGGAGCGCAAGUCCAAGCAGACUCAGUGCCCCACGGUCCGCUACUCCGACUCCUUCCAGGGCACCGCCAUCUCCUUCCCUCUGGGCGUGCCCACCCCGACCCCCGCGGCCCCGCGGCCCCCGCCCGCCCCGGUCGGCUGCGGCGUGUCCGGCUGCCUCAACCUCAAGAGGUACGCCUGCUCCAAGACCGGAACUCCCCUCUGCAGCUUGGAGUGCUACAGGAAGAACCUGAUGGUCCAGAGCGUGGCCUGACCUGGACCUGUAUCUCAACACCUGCUAGUUCCUGGAGUCUCCAAACCUGACAGUUUGAACAGUGGAAUGCAUUCUGGGACGAUCGUAUUGGAAGCGCUUCGCCUCCGUUCUGUAGAACGGAUAACGAUUGUUUUGCUUUGGACAUUUCCAGUGCUAAACAUCCUUUGUUUUGAGUAAAUGAAUGAGUGAAUUAUGUUUAAAACAAUAGUGGGAACAAUGUAAAUCACUGACAGUUUGAGUUAAAUAACAGCGGUAUUUAUUUAUGUAUGGCUGAAUGUGAGCACACCCUUGAAUGCUUUAGAUUAUUUGGAAAUUAAAAUAGUGAGCCUAUUUUUGUAAAGGACUGUGAAAUAAAUGCCACUUCUAACGGGUA